AUGGUUGAUUCAGAGAAAGUGAUAGUGGCGGGAGAUUUCAAUGCCAUACUCAAUAACGUAGAAAAAUAUGGAGGCUUAAGAAUGAAUGCCCAUGUGAUGGAAGAUUUUCGAGAUUUUGUGACAGAUAAUAACCUUUUUGAUGUGAUCCCUAAAUCAGGAAACUUUACUUGGACUAAUAGGAGGGCGAAUUUUAGCAGAAUUUUGGAGAGAUUGGACAGAAUAUUCAGUGGAACAUAUUGGAUUAGAGGACAAUUUGACUUGGAGACAACAAUUCUACCCUUAACACUCUCGGAUCAUUUCCUGGUUCAGUUGAACUGUAUCACAUCAAUGGCAAAGAAUAUUUUUUCAGAGAAAAUGAGGGUGGAAGUGGAACUUGACAGGCUCAAUAAGGUGGUGAUUGAGAAUGGGAUGUCAAAUGAAGAAUCUAAUACUGAGAAUUCUCUUAAAGCAGAAUUGGCAGAGAUUCUUCUAAGAGAAGAAAUGUUUUGGCGGGACAAAUCUAGAGAAUUAUGGAUCGAAGUUGGAGAUUCAAUUUCAAAAUUCUUUCAUGCUUCAUUAAAAGCAAAGAGGAACAAAAACAUAAUUAAUCAUUUGACGGAUGAUUCAGGCAGAUUGGUUGGUAAAGAGAGGAGUUGGAAUGCAUAG